AUUUUAUUAUCUUGCCAACAGAAGAGUUACCAAAGGCGGGAGUUCAUAUUUUUUCAAUAAGGAACAAACGAUAUUUGUGAUUAUUGGAAAUAUCAUUUCAGUGACAUGAUUUAUUCUACAAAUCCGACACCUGAAGGUGUUGGGAAACUGUUGUCAGAACCCUCCGAGACACAUUCGUAUGUGAGAGAAGCUACCAAGGUGGUAGAUCACAACGACAGGUUUCGCGUGAAAGAUAGAAACUUCGGCAGACAGUAUGCUCACCUGUAUGCAGAAAGACUGUUGACGAUGAGACCGAAAUUAACCGCAGCUGCCAAAGAUAAAUGGGGUGCUGACAUCAAAGUUAGGAAGCUGCAUGAACUGAAGAGUGAUGAGAAGUGUGUGGUGAUCGGAACUCUCUUCAAACAUAUGGAACUCAAACCAAGUAUUCUCAAGGAAAUUAGUGAAGAGCAUAACUUGAUGCCACAACCGGUCCGGUCCCGCUACACUGAUGAGGCUGACAAGCUGCUACUGGAGGAUGAACUACAGAGGAUUUAUCUGCUUGGAAACAUGAAGGUUGACACGUCAGUCACAGGUGUGAUCUUGGCAGUGUAUGGGGUAGAGCCUGAGGACGACAAGGGCAAGUUCCAUGUGGAAGACUGGACAUUCCAGCUCCUGCCCUCUCAAGUGGACAGACCCAAACUCACAAAAGACAGUUAUGUGGCCCUCCUGUCUGGUUUGGACAUCGGGGGCAAGUCUGAGAAGCUGUUUCAGCUGCAGAUGUUUGUCGACCUGGUGACGGGGCAACUGGGGGACGAGGGGCAGCAGGAAGCGUCGGCAAACAUUGUCCGUGUCAUUCUGGCAGGGAACAGCCUCAGUGGCACCUUGCAGGAUAAAGAGAGUUUGAACAAGGCAAAAUAUCUGACAAAGAAGACAACAGCAGGAACUGUGGAGGCAAUGAAGAGUUUGGACGACAUUGUCACACAGCUUGCCUCGUGUGUUGAUGUCGAUAUUCUCCCUGGGGCGACUGAUCCAACAAAUCACGUGCUGCCGCAACAGCCCCUACACAGAUGUAUGUUCCCACAGUCCUCGGCAUACCCUACCAUGAACACUGUCACCAACCCCCUGGAUCUCAGUGUGGAAGGGGUCAGAUUGCUGGGCACAUCAGGGCAGCCAAUUCAAGACAUCUGGCGAUACAGCACGCUGGAGGACAACCUGGACAUCCUGGAGAAGACCCUAGUGUGGGGGCACCUGGCUCCAACAGCACCUGACACACUUGGCUGCUACCCCUUCUACAGUGAAGACCCAUUCAUCAUCACUCACUGCCCUCAUGUCUACUUUGCCGGCAACUGUAAGGAGUAUGGAACGAAGAUGUUUAAAGGUCCUGAUGGGCAGGAAGUUGUCCUGGUGUCGAUCCCGCGGUUCAGCCUGACAUCAACCGCAGUCCUUGUCAACCUCCGCAGCCUGGAGUGCCAGCCUAUCAGUUUUGAUGCUCAUUUCCCCGGCCCAGCAGAGGCCAGUCCUGAAGUGGACAAGUGAGACUGGGAAGAUAGUGUUGAUUGGGAACAGUUUUGCAGAAACAAGAACACCUGGUGUUCUUAAACAUGUGAAGUGGACAUAUAUGGACAUGCUCAGUCUCCCUGGACACCAAAUGUUGUUUGUUACAUUGAGAGUGUUCUUAAUGGUUAGGAAAUCAGCAUCCUCCCGAGGCAAGGGAGUUAACUGACUAUCAAAGUCCAGUUUCCACCCUUGCCGAUCUAGGCUGGUAUUAUGGAGUUACAUUUUGGCUGGACUAACAAGUCUAUGCAUAGUCCAAUCAAAAUCGCGCAACGAAAUCAAAAUCCGGUUCGUAAACUGUCGUGCAGAUUUCGGUCGAUUGCAGGAUUUGCAGACGUGCACAGAAGCUCGCUGUCAACUGAUAGUUUCCAAACCUUUUCAUGUUAUAAAUCAAGGUGCUUUCGUGAUUUGAUGUACUUCGGAUAUAAGACCUGUUUUAUCACAAUAUAGAUCUUGAUUAUGGAUCAGAUCAUCUUGACUGGGCGCCGCCAUUUUGUUUGAAACAAAUACAAGUGAUGGAAUCGGAUUGGUCCAUAGGAGAGGUUUAGAAGGGACAUAACUCAUAAUAAUCACUGGUGGAGCUACAAUCAAGCCCAGGAAUUCCAUCCUAGUUCGGCAAGGGUGGAAACUGGACUUUGAAAGUCAGUUAACUCUCUUGCCUCGGGAAGAUGGGAAAUCAGUAGAAAUGCAUUCUGCAGUUAAUCUCAACUAUUUUAUCUGAAACUUCUCAGGAACAUAUUUCAGAAAAGUCUGCAGGGUAAACCAUGAUACAUGUACAUACCUUCAACAAUGCAUAUUGCAAUGGCAUCUGAGAUCUAGAUGAUCAAGAUUGGCCUGUAUAUUAAGAAAAUAUGUGAUUAAGUGUAUAUUGGUGUGAGGGAGUUAUCAAUAAUGAAAUAAAUCUUGCUGGUACAGCUAAUCUCAGACCAAUAACAUUUCUAGUAUUCACUCGUAUUUGUCAUUGUGUUACCUCCUUAAUUAAGUGUUACAGUUACAAAUGGCAGCUGAGCCAACAAAGAUCCCUUAAACAUUAUGCUUGUACAAGCCCAUUGUGUGCAGUGCAUGCAGCCACACACACAUGCAUUCAUGACCCUAUAAUAUAAUAAUAAUAAAAAACAAUUGAUUUGUAAAGCACCUAAUAUCCAUCGACAGAUGCUCACUGGCGCUGUGACAAAGUUAAAAAGAAAUGUCUAUGUACAUAUGCCAACAAUCAGGAGAUCUAUUGAAAAGCUGAGGUGAAGAAGUGGAUUUUGAGGAGAGACUUAAACGUUUCCUUAGAAGCAGAGUUUCUCAGAUUCAAAGGCAAAGAGUUCCAUAACUGUGGACUGCAAAAGGAGAAGGCACGGUCAGACAUAGCAGAAGUAGACAGAGGCUGAUACAGUAGAGUUCCACCAGAGGAU